AUGCCUCAGACAUUGUCUACUCCUGUUUUGAUUGUUGGAGCAGGUCCUGUGGGCCUUCUUUUAGCUCUCACUUUGCUGAAGAACGGAACUUCGGUUCGGAUCAUCGAUAAAUUACCAAGCUACCAUGUAGGAUCUCGCGGUGCUGGAGUGAUGCCGCGCUCACUUGAGUUGUACAAUUACUUGGGAGUGCUGCCCGACAUGCAGGCUGAGGGAGCUUCUCUCAUGCCGAUCAGGGUCUACAAAUUACCAGGCGGCGUUGAAGUGUUGAAGGAGUUCAACAUGCAAACGGCACAGGACCCUUCUCCCGAUGUUCCAUACAUCAAUGGCUUAUUGAUAGGCCAGAAUCGUCAAGAAGGUGUACUACGCAAGCAUUUGGAACAAUUUGGGUGUCAUGUGGAAUUGAACACGGAACUGCAUAGCUUCAGGCAGCAGGAGGACUAUGUCGUCGCAGAGAUUGUGAAAAAGACAGGGAAGAGCGAGCAGCGGGAGACCGUCCUCGCGCACUGGCUGAUUGGCGCAUACGGCGCAAAGGAGCAAUUUCUAUUCAGCGACGUCGAGAUCUUUGGCAUAAGCAAGGAUGCCUUGCAUUCAUGGGGAAAUGUCAGCGAUAGAUCGCUCUCCCUUCGUCCCACAUACGAAGGCGAUGUCUUCAACAUUAUUGCCGCAGGACAUGUCGACUAUGCAAAGUUAAUCGACGACCGGGAAGAACUAGUCAAGUUUGUCCAUUCCGUGUCGAACAGGGAUGAUAUCAAAGUGGGCAAGGUGAUAUGGCUGUCCGCCUAUACGCCGAAUAUCCGGAUGGUGGACAAGUUUGGUGAGGGACGUGUUUUUGUCGCGGGAGACGCUGCACACGUGCAUAGCCCUAGUGGUGGUCAAGGCUUGAAUUCGGGCAUUCAAGACGCAAUUAACCUCGGCUGGAAGCUUUCUCUCGUCGAGAAGGGCAUCGCCUCUCGAUCUCUCCUUUCCACUUACAAUGAGGAGCGUCUUCCAGUCAUCAAAGAUAUGCUCAAGCGCACCACGGCUAUCCUUGGUAGGAUCAUGGCUACCAAAAUAGGGGAUGAUAUCUCUGCCUGGAAACGGGAAGGGUUUCUGAAGCAACUCGGAGUUAACUAUCGUUGGAGCUCCAUCGUCGUGGGUGAGCGUACGCCAUGCACCGCAGAGGAAAAGGCGGAGUUAAUAGACAAUGCGUACGGAGGGGGCGAGGGCAUUCGCGCUGGAGACAGAGCCCCUGCCGCGCCGGGGCUCCUGAUCGUCCACGAGCGAGAGAAUAUCGGCUCUGUGCUCAAGGCAACGAAGCUCUAUCCCGAGGGUCUGGUCCGCUCCGUUAUCGUUCUCCCACAGACGGCUCCCGAGUGCGCCGAUGUCCAGUCUGCUGACCUGCUUCUCUCGGAUGGGAGUGGGCAUGCCUAUGAGAGUUACGCAGUGUCGCCGACUAGUGGUGGGAUGACCAUUGUUAUCGUCAGGCCGGAUGGUGUGAUUGGAGGCAUUGUGUUGGGCGUGGAUGGUCUGACGAAGUAUUUCCGAAAUGUCUUCUCGGCGCUGGCGAUGUAA